GUUGAAAUGAACUAAAACUGGCCAGCAAUUUGCGGCGCACUCAGAGUGAACUUUCAAAGUGUUCCGGGUUGUUUUUACAGACAUCAUCGUCAUGUCGUUCCUGGUGGACUCAGUCAUCAUGUUCACCUCUCAGGUGCUGUUUUUUGGGUUCGGCUGGUUGUUCUUUAUGCGACAGCUGUUCAAAGAUUAUGAGGUGCGACAGUAUGUUGUCCAGGUGGUUUUCUCUGUCACCUUUGCAUUUUCUUGUACAAUGUUUGAGCUCAUCAUUUUUGAGAUUCUUGGGGCCUUAAGUAGCACUUCCAGAUAUUUCCACUGGAAGCUGAACCUCUACGUGAUUCUGCUGGUCCUGAUCUUCGUAGUGCCUUUCUACAUCGGUUACUUCGUAGUCAGCAACAUACGACUAUUGCAGAGGCAAAGACUUCUUUUUGCCUGUAUGGUGUGGUUCACCUUCAUGUAUUUCUUCUGGAAGUUGGGAGACCCCUUCCCUAUCUUGAGUCCAAAACAUGGGAUUCUGUCCAUUGAGCAGCUGAUCAGUCGUGUCGGUGUGAUCGGAGUCACUCUUAUGGCUCUUCUCUCAGGGUUUGGUGCUGUCAACUGCCCAUACACAUAUAUGUCCUACUUCCUCAGGAAUGUAACAGACAGUGACAUUCUUGCUCUGGAGCGGCGGCUACUCCAAACCAUGGAUAUGAUUGUCAGCAAAAAGAAAAGAAUCGCCAUGACAAGGAGGCAGAUGUACCAACGAGGGGAGGACCAAAACAAACAAACUGGUUUCUGGGGCAUGAUCAAGAGCGUCACCUCUACACAAACAGGCAGUGAAAAUCUGACUUUAAUCCAACAGGAAGUUGAUGCCCUGGAAGAGUUGAGUCGACAACUCUUCCUGGAAACUGUGGAUCUGCAAGCCACCAAGGAGCGAAUUGAGUAUUCAAAGACAUUCCAGGGAAAAUACUUCAACUUUCUUGGUUACUUCUUUUCCAUCUAUUGUGUUUGGAAAAUCUUCAUGGCCACAAUAAACAUAGUGUUUGAUCGAGUUGGGAAGACGGAUCCAGUGACGAGGGGUAUCGAAAUAACAGUUAACUACUUGGGCAUCCAGUUUGAUGUGAAAUUUUGGUCUCAGCAUAUUUCGUUCAUCUUGGUUGGAAUAAUAAUUGUCACUUCCAUACGAGGUUUGCUCAUCACACUUACAAAGUUCUUCUACGCAAUAUCGAGCAGCAAGUCUUCCAAUGUCAUUGUGCUUGUCCUCGCUCAGAUCAUGGGGAUGUAUUUUGUUUCAUCCGUGCUGCUGAUGCGAAUGAGCAUGCCGCUGGAGUAUCGCUCCAUCGUGACAGAGGUCCUGGGGGAGCUGCAGUUUAACUUUUACCACCGCUGGUUUGACGUCAUCUUCCUGGUCAGCGCCCUGUCCAGCAUCCUCUUCCUUUAUCUCGCCCACAAACAGGCACCAGAAAAACACAUGGCCUUCUGAUGACCUGCGGUGCGUUUUGCUCGCAUCGAUACAUGGGCUGAACUUCAUUCUGCAGUUCUAAGACGUACAGUAAUAAUUGUUUUAGGUAUUUAUUCCUGAAUCAGGAAUAACAUUUUGUUGGGUGGCUUUUGGAGCACAAGUUGAAGGAACUUUGCAACUGGACUCUCAUAAACGCAGAGUAUUUACAGAAAAUUGUUAGAAUUAAACAUAAAAGUUUCUUUCUUUGGUUAUUGUUUUGUAUUCUUUUGGCUAAUUGUUUAUGUGUUUUUUAACACACUGGUUUGAGCAAAACAUUUCUUGUUCCACCGCAGGUUUGAAAAAGGGGGAAAAGUUUUCCUACUGUGAUUUACUUUUUAUUGUAUUUUUUAAAUGUUCAUGUAAUUCAGUUUGGAAAGAAAACAGGAAUGUGUAAAGUCAGCAUUUCCUCCGAUGGAAUUUUUAUUCAAUGUAAGAAAUGUGAACUUUUUUUUUUAAACAUUGAAUAAAGGGAACAGAAUGUGUGAAGGAAAGAAAGUA